AACAACAGUGCAGAAGAGAAAAUUUGAUAAGUUCAUUACACUUUUAUGACUUAUUGAGCAUGUUUUGAAAAAAAUAGUAACAUAUUACCAAAAUGGAUUAAAUAGAUCCACAUACUGGCGGAAAUUUGUGACUUUUUAUCCAGUCAGAGAGCCAAAAUUUGAAGAUGGCUCAUGUGAAUGCAAGAAAGAGUAAAAUGUCAACAACAAAGUACCUUGGUAAGGGCCCAGAUGGUCUCCCUAGACUGCCACCUAUACCAUCUGCCCCCAAGAAACAAGAUGACCCAUAUGCUAACAGUAAACUUAUGACAUUCAGGAUGGCCAACCAUAAACAGGAUUUACUCAACAAAAUCAUGUUGGACAAUGCACUGGCUGUGUACAAGGAUACAGAUGAAUGGAACAGUAAGAGAACCCCAUCUCCCGAAGCUCCGGAAUACCCAGAUGAGAUGAUGAGCAAGGACCGUAGAGUUAGGUUGAACUAUCAGUUCAUGAAGCGAUGUGUGGAGGAGACUCCAAUUACCCCUAUGCCCAGGGAAUGGUUUGACAAUAUACAGAAUAUGAUACCUCCACACUUGAAGAAGACCUGUAACUAUGAUGAUGUCAUAGAUGAACUCUUUGAGGAGGUCAGCGGAGAUUUUCACUCAAGUAUGAAGAGGACAAAUGUGCAACAAGCAUUGAGAAAACCAGAUGUAUCUGGUCUUGAAGAUGAUGACAAUGUCCAUCCAGAAGAGGAACCAUCUGGGCUGGAUUACUCAAGUCCCUGGCAUGAGGAAUUUGUGCUUAAUAAGGAGGAGAUUAGAGCGAACUUACACAUCCUACACCCCUCAAUGCAGACUGUCCUAAACAUGUGCCAGACACAAAUUGGUGUCUUGACAUUGUUCAAUUGUUCUGCAAUAAGGACUCUUGGUCCAUUAGACUUUGACAGUUUGAAGAAUGAUGUGACUCUAGAAUCUGAGAAAACGGAAGAGAAACUAAUGAUCAGUUGGUUCCAAGGUGUGAUAAAUGUGUUUGCAGACAGGAACAAUUUCACAAGUGUACGUGCUGAUAAGCUAGAUUCCUUCUAUGGUGCACUAACAACACUCAUUUCAACACAGUUGAAGGAUCUCCUUGUGCGUUCCAUAGAAUCCUGGGUGGAUCUGUUCGAUGAGAGUAACAAACUAAACCUCCCUCUCCUAAAAAUGGAACUAACAUUUGAUGACGAACGCAUGCAAUUUUACCCCACCUAUGAUGAUUUAGAAGAACUAGUCUUAUUUGUUGUGAUGCAAAUCACCAAAACAUGCCAGCAAGUGCCGACUGUUCAGUCCUGGCUAGCUGGUGGUAACACAACAUCCAAUACAGAUGUGUCAGUAGCUCAACACAUACUAGAUGCCACAUAUGUUAAACUGAAGGAAGCUGUGAAGAGAAACUUUGAGGAACCAAAGGCUCAUUUACAGUCAUUUAUUGAGAGGUAUGAGUGGAUCACAAAUGGAGAGGCUCUGAAGCAGAUUAACACAUACAUGGAGGAAGAGCAUUCAUUUGAGGAAUACAUUGAGUAUAUUGAGAAGUUUCGUAACCUUGCCAAGGAGAUCAUGGUUCUGCCAAGUAUAGAGCAUUAUGAUAUGAUCAGACUUGACUGUGAGGACCUGAAGAUGGGCCUUGCUAAUGCUGCCAGGGGACUAGCAGACAUCCUCCUCAACAAAGUGGCAACAAACCAUAGGAACGAGAACAAAGAGAUUUGUGAGGCCUUUCACACAAUGAAGGAGAAGGCCCUGAAGGAACCUGAAUCCUCAGAGGAACUCAUUGAGAUGACUGCCUUUAUAGAAAAUGCCCGCACAUACGGCAUGAUCAAACUGAAUGAACGAAUUAAGAGUGCUUAUGAGAGACUCCAGUACUUGUUAGACUCCUAUCUAUUCAAUCAAGAAGACCUAGAUCUUAACAGCGAGGUACUCAAGUGGCCUAAAGAAAUAAAUCCAAUCUUUGACGAAAAUGAAGAGUUGGUUGAUAAAUCCAAACAGGAAGGUGAACGAAUGCUUCUGGAGCGUAAAGAGAAGGUCAUGCUAGAACUAGAGAAACUGAAACAACGUGUGGAUGAGUUUAAUGACUAUGGAGAGUUGGACAUGAUGCAGCAAUAUGUCCAAGAUGUACGUGCAGUUCAGAAGAGGCUUGUUGAUGCCCAAGAACAGAUUGAGUGGGUCAAUAAGGAGGAGUUGUUAUAUAAGUACCCAGUUAGUGUAUACCCUGAUGUGGAGGAGAUUACCCUGGCUGUUGAACCAUUCACUAAAUUGUUCAAUGUUGUGCUCAAGUGGCAGAGGGCUGAGAAAAAGUGGAUGGAUGGAGCAUUCCUAGAUUUGGAUGCUGAGCAAGUGGAAGGAGAACUAGAUGAAUACUGGAGAGAUGUCUACAAAGUACAGAAAGUGUUCAACAACAAGCUAAAGAAACUGCUCCUUGAGCAAGAAGAGCGUGAGAGAGAGCGCAAGAAGAAGAAACGUCUUCAAGAAGGGGAUGAGAAGGAAGGUGAAGAGAAGAAGGAUGAAGAUAAAGAGCCUGAGAUUCCCACCCCUGCAGCACUUACUGUCUGUAACAUGGUCCAGGAGAAUAUGAAAGUAUUUAAGGAAUUCAUUCCCACAAUUGGUGUUCUCUGUAAUCGUGGUAUCCGCACACGUCAUUGGACAAAGAUGUCUGAAGUAGCUGGAUUUGACAUGACACCAGACUCAGGAUCCACUUUACGUAAAGUACUCAAGUUGAAUUUGGAUCCUUUCAUGGAACAGUUUGAGUCUAUCAGUGCAGCAGCUACUAAAGAACACUCUCUCGAAAAAGCCAUGAACAAAAUGACAGAGGAAUGGGAGCCAAUAUCAUUUGUGACGUUGCAAUAUCGUGACACAGGUAUUCACAUCCUGGCAUCUGUGGAUGAAAUUCAGCAGAUAUUGGAUGACCAAAUUGUCAAAACACAGACUAUCAGAGGGUCACCUUUUAUCAAACCAUUCGAGAAAGAAAUAAAGGUUUGGGAAGAGAGGCUUCUAAGAAUCCAAGACACUUUAGAUGAGUGGUUAAAGGUACAGUCCCAGUGGCUUUACCUUGAACCUAUAUUCUCCUCAGAGGAUAUCAUGCAACAAAUGCCAGAGGAGGGCCGCCUCUUUCAGACUGUUGACAGGAACUGGAGGGAUGUCAUGAAGCACACUGUCAAAGAUCCUAAGGUAUUGGUAGCUACCUCUAUGACUGGGCUGCUUGAGAAACUAUUAGACAGCAAUGGGUUACUUGAUAAAAUCAACAAAGGGCUCAAUGCUUACUUGGAAAAGAAAAGACUGUUCUUCCCAAGGUUUUUCUUCUUGUCCAAUGAUGAGAUGCUUGAGAUCCUCUCUGAGACCAAAGACCCAACACGUGUACAGCCUCACUUGAAGAAAUGUUUUGAGGGAAUCGGCAAACUUGAGUUCAACAAGAACUUGGACAUUCUAGCCAUGUGCAGCAGUGAGGGGGAAAAUGUGAAGAUGAGUGAGAUUAUUUCAACAACUGAAGCUCGUGGUUCUGUAGAAAAAUGGCUGCUCCAGGUACAGGAUGUCAUGUUGAUGUCAGUUCGUGAUGUCACAGCAGCGUCAAGAGAGGCGUAUGCCAUCGAGGCAAGAGAGGACUGGGUCCAGGAUUGGCCAGGUCAGGUUGUCAUUUGCGUUUCCUCAAUAUUCUGGACAAUAGAGGUGCAAGAAGCAGUGAAGGGAGGACCUGCAGGGCUAAGGGAAUACUACGAUAAACUGAACACACAGCUAUCUGCAAUUGUAAAGCUAGUCAGAGGCAAGCUUUCAAAACAGACCAGGAUAACAUUAGGAGCAUUGGUGGUAAUUGAUGUACACGCCAGAGAUGUAGUCUUAGAUAUGGCGGAUAAAGGUGUGGCCUCAGAGAAUGACUUCCAAUGGCUGUCACAGCUCAGAUACUACUGGGAAAAUGACAAUGUGAGAGUUCGCAUUACAAACGCAACUGUUAAAUACGCCUACGAAUAUCUUGGCAACUCAGGGCGACUUGUGAUCACCCCAUUGACUGACAGAUGUUACCGUACAUUGGUUGGUGCCUUCCAUCUUCACUUGAAUGGAGCACCUGAAGGUCCCGCAGGUACAGGAAAAACAGAAACAACUAAAGAUUUAGCCAAGGCCCUUGCUGUACAGUGUGUUGUGUUCAACUGUUCUGAUGGUUUGGAUUACAUUGCUAUGGGCAAAUUCUUCAAGGGAUUGGCGUCAUCAGGAGCAUGGGCUUGUUUUGAUGAGUUCAAUCGUAUAGAACUUGAGGUGUUGUCUGUGGUUGCUCAACAGAUUCUGUGUAUUGUGCGAGCUGUACAAGGAAAUGUAGAUACAUUCAUAUUUGAGGGCACUGAGCUCGCUCUCAACCCGAACUGUUACGUCUGUAUCACAAUGAAUCCUGGGUAUGCAGGACGUUCUGAACUCCCCGACAACUUGAAAGUAUUGUUCAGAACAGUCGCUAUGAUGGUGCCAGAUUACGCUAUGAUCGCUGAAAUCUCACUUUACUCCUUCGGGUUUAUCAAUGCUCGUCCUCUUUCUGUGAAGAUCGUCACAACAUAUAGGUUGUGUUCUGAACAGCUUUCAUCACAGUUUCAUUAUGAUUAUGGAAUGCGAGCUGUUAAGGCUGUACUCACUGCAGCUGGUAACCUUAAGCUGAAAUUCCCAGAGGAGAAUGAACAGAUCUUGCUAUUGAGGUCCAUCACUGAUGUCAACUUACCAAAGUUUCUCUCCCAUGAUAUCCCACUGUUCCGUGGAAUCAUCUCUGAUCUUUUCCCUGGUAUUACUCUACCAGAGGCCGACUACAAGUUAUUCCUGGAGGCUAUAGACACAGUUUGUGCUAAACGUAAACUUCAGACAGUGGACUUUUUCAUUGAGAAACUGAUCCAAACAUACGAGAUGAUGAUAGUCAGACACGGUUUCAUGAUGGUUGGUGAGCCAUUUGCAUGCAAGACAUCUGUGCUUCAUGUAUUAGCUGAGGCCAUGACACUGCUAAAUGAACAGGGACAUGAGGAAUACGAUAAGGUCUUAUACAGGACCAUUAACCCAAAGGCAAUCACCAUGGGACAGCUGUUCGGUCAAUUUGAUCCAGUCUCUCAUGAGUGGACUGAUGGUAUCACAGCAAACACAUUCAGGGAGUUUGCCUCGACAGACACACCUGACCGUAAAUGGGUCGUAUUUGAUGGGCCAAUUGACACGCUAUGGAUCGAGUCCAUGAACACUGUACUGGAUGAUAACAAGAAGCUGUGUCUGAUGAGUGGAGAGAUCAUACAGAUGUCGCCAGUUAUGAGCUUGAUAUUUGAAGCCAUGGAUCUCUCACAGGCUUCCCCUGCCACUGUGAGUAGAUGUGGUAUGAUCUACCUCGAGCCCACUACACUAGGCUGGCGCCCUAUAAUGAAAUCCUGGGUCCUUGGCCUACCAGAGGUAAUGCAGACUGAACAUGGGGAACUGCUGGAUACACUCUUUGAAUGGCUGGUCGACCCAUGCCUGACUUUCAUUAGGAAGAACUGCAAAGAGUACAUGAACUGUGGACAGGCUAACCAGGUGAGAUCUCUGAUGUAUUGGAUUGAGAUGAUCCUGCAUGAACAUACAACAAAAGAGGAUGCUGUUGAAAACAAACACUUGAGGACUUGGAUCAUUUCUUCCUUCUUGUUUGGACUGAUGUGGUCACUAGGGGGCACCAUUGAUCCUGAUGGUCGUAAAAAGUUUGAUACAUUUUUCCGUGAAAUACUCACAGGAAAGUCUGAGGAAACACCCGUCCCUAAAAGCAUUGGGAAAAUUGAUGUACCUUUCCCGAAUGACGGACUAGUCUAUGAUUAUAAUUAUGAGAUGAAGGCACGCGGUGCAUGGAUACACUGGAAUGACACAAUUAAGAACCUGAGAGUUCCUCAAGACAAGAAGAUCCGAGACAUCCUGGUACCCACAAUGGACACUGCUAGAUAUACAUACCUCAUGGAGGUCUGCAUUGAGCAUAACAGGGCUCUAUUAUUUGUUGGACCUACGGGAACUGGUAAAUCAGUCUAUGUCCAGGAGAAGAUGAUGGUUCUGCCUAAGGAGAGAUACACUCCAGCUUUUGUGAAUUUCUCAGCCCAGACCAGCGCAAAUCAGACACAGAAUAUCCUUAUGUCAAGGCUGGACAAAAGACGUAAGGGAGUCUAUGGGCCUCAAGUUGGCAAGAAGGCCAUUAUCUUUGUUGACGAUCUGAACAUGCCUCAAAAGGAAAUCUACGGAGCACAGCCACCCAUUGAGCUACUCAGACAAUAUUUUGAUCACGGAAACUGGUAUGAUUUGAAAGAUACUACGAGAAUUACCCUACAAGAUCUUCAGUUUCUGGCCGCCAUGGGUCCACCAGGGGGAGGUAGAAAUGACAUCACAUCUAGAUUUGCUCGUCAUUUCAACAUUGUUGGCAUUAACAACUUCAAUGAUGACACCAUGGUCAGGAUUUUCUCAACUUUGAUGAGUACCUAUCUUAGGGGAAAUGACUUUUCGCCAGAUUUCUUCACCCUUGGUAACAUGGUCAUUCAAGCUACUAUGGACGUGUAUAAGGAGGCUAUGAUUAAUCUACUCCCCACACCUGCCAAGUCCCACUAUGUCUUCAAUUUGAGAGAUUUCUCACGUGUGGUUUAUGGUGUCUGUCUUAUUAAGAAAGAACAAGUGGAAUCUAAGCGUAGUUUCAUAAGACUAUGGGCUCAUGAAGUGAUGCGAGUGUUCUAUGAUCGUCUCACAGAUGACAAAGAUAGACAAUGGUUAUUUAAGCUCAUACAGACCUGCACCAAAGAACACUUUAAGGAUGACUUCACAGCAGUAUUUGAACACUUGGCUGCUAAAGAAGGUGCAAGGAUUGUUGAGGAAGAUAUGAGGAGUCUGAUGUUUGGAGAUUACAUGAACCCAGAUCUUGAAAUAGAGGAGAGAGUUUAUGAGGAGGUUGGCUCUCUAGAUGACUUCUAUACAGUCACUGAGCAAUGCCUUGAUGAGUACAAUCAGACACACAAGAAUAGAAUGGAUCUAGUCAUAUUCAGAUAUGUUUUGGAGCAUCUGUCACGUAUCUGUCGGGUGUUGCGCUCCCCAGGGGGCAACGCACUGCUGGUCGGUAUGGGGGGCAGUGGGCGCCAGUCUCUCACCCGACUAGCCACAUCUAUGGCCAGCUAUAACCUGUUCCAGCCUGAGAUUUCUAAGAACUAUGGGAUGGUAGAAUGGAGAGAGGAUAUCAAGAGUCUCUUGCGCAAUGUUGGAGGUAAAGGAGAAGGUACAGUUUUCCUGAUCACUGACACACAGAUAAAGGAGGAGGGCUUCCUUGAGGACAUAGAUGCACUGCUCAACACAGGGGAGGUCCCUAAUCUCUUCGCAGCAGAUGAAAAAGCUGAAAUUAUGGAGGCUGUAAGACCAGCAGCACAAGCUGGGGACAAGAAUGCAGACUUCAGUCCCCUAGCCCUGUUUGCAUUCUUUGUGAAUCGCUGCAAGGAGAAUCUGCAUAUCAUCAUCGCAUUCAGUCCUAUUGGGGAUGCCUUCAGGAACCGCUUGCGUCAGUUCCCCUCUCUCAUCAAUUGCUGCACUAUAGAUUGGUUCCAGGCAUGGCCAGAGGAUGCUCUGACAAGGGUGGCCUUGAAGAAUCUUGAAAUGGUCGACAUGGAGGACAGUGAGAGAACAGAGACAGUGGACAUUUGCAAGACAUUCCACAACAGUUCAAGAACACUCUCUGAAAAAUUUUUGACAAAUCUAGGCCGCUACAAUUAUGUGACCCCUACAUCAUAUCUUGAGCUGAUUGCUUCAUUCAAGAAACUAAUCACAGAGAAGCAAGAAGAAACAAUGAAGGCGAAAAUGCGUUAUGUGGGGGGUCUCGAGAAACUGGCCUUUGCUGCAACACAGGUAUCUGCUAUGCAAGUAGAGUUAGAAGAACUAAAACCACAGCUUGUUGUAUCUGCUGCUGAGAAUGAGAGAAUGAUGAUUGUCAUUGACAAAGAAUCCAAAGAUGUUGAAGAAACAUCCACCAAAGUUAAAGCUGAAGAGGCUGUUGCAAAUGAACAAGCAGCAACUGCCCAGGCUCUUAAAGAUGAAUGUGAGGCUGAAUUGGCUGAAGCAAUCCCAGCUCUUGAGGCAGCUAUUUCUGCCCUGAACACUCUUAAACCUUCAGAUAUCACUCUAGUGAAAUCAAUGAAGAAUCCACCAGCUGUAGUGAAGCUGGUGAUGGCUGCAGUAUGUGUAAUGAAAGACAUCAAACCCGAUAAGGUCAAUGAUCCCUCUGGAACUGGUGGCAAGAUCCUGGACUACUGGCCUCCAGCCAAGAAGCUCCUUGGAGAUAUGAACUUCCUUGGUCUCCUGAAGGAAUAUGACAAAGACAAUAUCCCUCCACAUAUCAUGUCAAAGAUUAGGAAGGAAUAUAUCACAAACCCAGAUUUUGUCCCUGAUAAGGUGGCCAAGGCCUCAUCUGCAGCUGAAGGAUUGUGCAAAUGGAUCCUUGCCAUGGAGAUUUACGAUCGUGUUGCCAAAGUUGUCGCACCUAAGAAAGCUUCUCUGGCAGAAGCUGAGUCAGAGCUUAGUGAAACCAUGGCAACGUUAAACACAAAACGUGCCGAGUUACGAGCUGUAGAAGAAAGACUUGCCAAUCUGAAGCAGUCUUUUAAAGAUAUGGUGGAUAAGAAAGAACAAUUGGAAUUCCAAGUCGACCUGUGUGGUAAGAAACUAGUCAGGGCGGAGAAAUUGAUCAGUGGACUGGGAGGUGAGAAGACAAGGUGGACCCAGGCAGCCGAGAACCUGCAACUUAUAUACGACAACCUGCUUGGGGAUGUCUUGAUCUCUGCUGGGGUGAUUGCGUACCUCGGACCAUUUACGUCAGCAUUCAGAGAUGAAUGUACAAGUGACUGGGUGAAAUUAUGUUUGUUGAAGAAGAUCCCCUGUUCUAAGCAGUUCUCUCUCAGUAAGACACUAGGAGAACCAGUGAAGAUUCAGCAAUGGAACAUCAAUGGUUUGCCUAGGGAUGCAUUCUCUAUAGACAAUGGAGUCAUCGUUGCCAACUCAAGACGAUGGCCUCUCAUGAUUGAUCCACAAGGCCAAGCCAAUAAGUGGGUGAAAAAUACAGAAAAAGACAACAAACUGCAUGUUAUAAAACUAACAGAUGCGGACUAUAUCCGGUCCUUAGAAAACUGUAUACAGUUUGGGUAUCCUCUCCUGCUGGAGAAUGUGGGUGAAGAACUGGACCCCUCCUUGGAGCCACUCCUUCUAAAACAAACUUUCAAACAAACUGGUGUUGAGAUGAUUCGUCUAGGGGACCAGGUUAUAGAGUACAGUAAAGAUUUCCGCUUCUAUAUAACUACAAAACUACGUAAUCCACAUUACUUGCCAGAGGUUGCCACUAAGGUGUCAUUGUUGAACUUCAUGAUCACACCUGAAGGUCUAGAGGAUCAGCUCCUGGGAAUUGUGGUUGCUAAGGAAAAACCAGACCUUGAAGAAGAACGUCAAGCUUUGAUCAUUCAGAGUGCCCAGAACAACAAACAACUAAAGGAGGUCGAAGACAAGAUUCUCCACACACUCUCUGCUUCAGAGGGAAACAUCUUAGAGGAUGAAUCCGCAAUCCAAAUUCUUGACUCAUCUAAAGUUCUCGCAGAUGAGAUCAACAAAAAGCAAAAAGUUGCUGAAGUUACUGAGAAGAAAAUUGAUGAAAGUCGUGUUGGUUAUCAACCGAUUGCUCGACAUUCAGCCAUUUUGUUUUUCUCUAUUGCUGAUUUGCCAAAUAUUGACCCUAUGUACCAGUAUUCAUUGACGUGGUUCGUCAACUUGUAUAUUAACUCCAUACAUGAUAGCAACAAAUCAAAGAUCCUGGAGAGACGAUUGAGAUAUCUUACAGAUCAUUUUACGUACAACUUGUAUUGUAAUGUCUGCCGCUCGUUAUUUGAGAAAGACAAGCUUCUAUUCUCAUUUAUUCUGUGUUGUAAGCUGUUGAUAGCUAGAAAUGACCUUGGACGAGAAGAGUUUAUGUUUUUCCUGACUGGGGGUGUCGGCCUUGAGAAUAAAAUUCCCAACCCUGACAGUACAUGGCUGACUGACAAAAGCUGGGAUGAAGUUUGUCGCUUGACAGACAUUGGAGGAAAAUUCGCAUCAUUUAAGGACCACUUCAUUGAGAACAUAGACAAGUGGCGAGCAUUCUAUGAUAGCAAGGAACCUCAUGAGGAGACGCUCCCUGCCCCCUGGGACUCUGACCUUGAUGAGUUCAAGAAAAUGAUUGUAUUAAGAUGCAUCAGGCCUGACAAGGUUGUACCAGCAAUCACAAAUUAUGUCCAGGAAAAGCUAGGAAAGAAAUUUGUUGAGCCACCUCCAUUUGAUCUUGCUAAGAGUUUUGCUGAUUCAAACUGUUGCGCUCCAUUGAUUUUCGUCCUCUCCCCUGGUGCUGACCCAACCAUGGCAUUGCUCAAGUUUGCAGAGGACAGAGGCUUUGGUGGGAAGAAAUUCCAGUCUAUUUCUCUUGGCCAAGGACAGGGUCCAAUCGCAGCAAAGAUGAUUGCAAGUGCAAAAGCUGAAGGUUCCUGGGUGUUACUACAGAACUGUCAUUUGGCUGUGUCCUGGAUGACUGCUAUGGAGAAGAUAUGUGAAGAGUUCACGCCUGAGAACACGCACACAGACUUCAGGCUAUGGCUAACUAGUUACCCUUCACCUAAGUUCCCAGUGACUGUGCUGCAGAAUGGAGUUAAGAUGACUAAUGAACCUCCUACAGGUCUGCGUCAGAAUCUACUCCAGUCCUACCUUAAUGAUCCUAUCAGUGAUGAGACUUUCUUCAAGGGAUGCCCUGGCAAAGAAGCGGUGUUUGAGAAGCUUCUGUAUGGACUGUGUUUCUUCCAUGCCCUGGUGCAGGAGAGGCGUAAGUUUGGCCCUCUGGGGUGGAACAUCGCUUAUGGUUUCAAUGAGUCAGAUCUCAGAAUCUCAGUCAGGCAGCUACAGAUGUAUGUCAAUGAAUAUGACAGUGUGCCGUAUGAUGCUAUCACCUACAUGACCGGGGAAUGUAAUUAUGGGGGUCGUGUCACAGAUGAGAGGGACAGGCGAUGCCUAAUGACAAUCUUACAAGAUUUCUACAAUCAAAAUGUCGUCAGUGAGCCCAAGUACAAGUUUUCACCUAGCGGAGCAUAUUAUGCACCACCUAAAGGGGAAUAUGAAGACUACGUGGAAUUCAUUAAGGCACUGCCACUAACCCAGCUGCCUGAGGUAUUUGGAAUGCAUGACAACGUAGACAUCUCCAAGGAACUCCAAGAAACCAAGCAGCUAUUUGACUCUGUGUUGCUGACCCAAGGUCGAAGUGUAGGUGGCGCUAGUGGUGGCUCAGAUGACAAUCUUUAUGCCAUUGCAACUGGAAUUCUUGAAAAGAUGCCACUAGAAUUUGACCUUGAGGAGGCAUCCAAGAAUUUCCCUGUAGUAUACAAUGAGAGCAUGAACACAGUAUUGGUGCAAGAAAUGGAAAGAUUCAACAACUUAACAUCUAUAGUAAGGAAUAGCUUGAAAAAUCUCCAGAAGGCAAUCAAAGGUCUCGUUGUGAUGUCAUCAGAAUUGGAGGAGGUGGCUGCAAGUGUUCUGAUUGGUCGCAUUCCCGCAAUGUGGGCCAAGAGGUCAUACCCGUCUCUAAAGUCUCUCGGGUCAUACAUCAAUGAUCUAAUAGAUAGAUUGAACUUUCUACAAAAAUGGCAUGAUGAGGGGAAGCCAAAUAUAUUCUGGGUGUCUGGAUUUUUCUUCACGCAAGCUUUCCUCACGGGUGUCAUGCAGAACUUUGCCAGAAAAUAUGUCAUCCCUAUUGAUAUUCUAGGCUUUGAUUUUGAGGUGCUUCCCAUGGAGACAGCAGACAAACCACCUGAAGAUGGUUGCUAUGUGAAUGGUCUAUAUUUGGAUGGGGCUCGGUGGGAUAGAAAAAGUGGUGUACUAGGGGAGCAGUUACCUAAAAUACUAUACGACAGCAUGCCAAUCAUUUGGUUAAAACCAAGCAAAAAGGAUGAAAUUGACACUAAAUCUGUGCGCUAUUUAUGUCCAAUAUAUAAAACAAGUGAACGUAAGGGAACAUUGUCAACCACUGGUCACUCUACGAACUUUGUACUCCCGAUACUGUUACCAUCAGACAAACCAGUGGAACAUUGGGUUAAGAGAGGAUGUGCCCUCUUAUGUCAACUGGAUGAUUAA